UUGGCUUUAUAACGACUGAAAAAUAAGAUGGCAAGUUGUAUUGAAAUUUGAAAGUUGAAGGUGACGAUGACAAUUUCAGCCGUGCGAAGCAUUUUUAGAAGAUGAAUACUUAAAUUACAAAUUUACAACAAAGUAAGAACAAAGGAACGAUGAAAAGACCAGUUAUCUUUAAAUAUGCAUCAGUGAGUUGCCCAGCGAACAGAGUGAAGUGGUCCUGCUAAUUUUCCUUAUUUUUUUUAAACGGUGACGUUGAGUCAUUUCAUCUAUCUUAUAAUAUACAAUACCUUAUAACAUGAAAGGAAAGAAAUAUAUUUACGCUCACAAGUUCCAUAAACUGCCAACAGUGAGUGACUUGGAACUUGUUGAAGAAGAAUUACCUGCCCUUAACGAUGGAGAAGUUCUAGUUGAAGUAGAAUGUCUCAGCUUGGAUCCUUACAUGAGACCAUUUGCUGAUGCCUUAAAAGAAGGGGAUGUUUUGACGAAUUUUUUUGUAGCUGGACAUGUUAUACAGAGUAAAGAUAGCUGCUUUCCAAAUGGAACUCGUGUAGUUGGUCCCAUGGAUUGUAGGUCUCAUGCAGUCAUAUCUGGCAAGAAAUUAACAAAAAUGGAUUUUCUUCAAGAUCUUCCUACCUCUGUUGGUCUUGGAGCAGCUGGGAUGCCAGGAUUAACUGCAUAUAUUUGUUUAAUGAAUGUCCUCGAACCAAAAGAAGGUGAAACACUUUAUGUUAACAGUGCAGCUGGAGCAGUUGGUUCAAUUGUUGGUCAAAGCAAGAUUAAAGGAUGUCGUGUUAUUGGUAGUGCUGGUUCAGAUGAAAAAGUUGCUUUUCUUAAAAGUCUAGGUUUUGAUGAAGCAUUUAAUUACAAGACUGUAACAUCAGUUGAAGAUGAACUUAAGAAACUUUGUCCUGAUGGAAUUGAUAUGUUUUUUGAAAAUGUGGGUGGUCCAGGCUUUUCAAAGAUAAUAAAAUUGAUGAAACAGUUUGGUCGUGUAGCAGUAGUUGGAUCUGUUUCUACAUAUAACACCAACGAGCCUGUACUUAUUGAAGAGUUUUUAUGGCAGAUGAUUAAGAGCGUAGUAAAAAUUCAAGCCUUCAAUAUUUUUACGUGUCAGUCAGAAUGGUCAGCAAGAAGUGUAGAAUUGGUCAAGUGGAUCAAAGAGGGUAAAAUAAAGGUCAAAGAACAUGUCACAAAAGGAUUUGAAAAUCUUCCAAAAGCAUUUGUUGAGUUGUUUACAGGCGGAAACUUUGGGAAAGCUGUUGUUAUGGUUUAGACUAUGUUAUAUGUAUACUAUUACUGGUCUUUACUAAUGAUUGUGAUAUUUACGUAAACAUUGAUUUAUUCAAGGAUUGUCAACAAUAAUAUGGCAAUAAACUUCCAUCUUAUUUUUUUAUUUCUGCCGAAAUGGCUAGCUAUAUAUUCAUUACUAACAAAUCUAAUGAAAUUCCAUUUUUUGCCUUGUACUAAUCUGCAGUUUAAUUAAAACAGCUUAGUAUGUUUGACGAGACUCUAGUACUAGAAA